AUGUUUAACGGUCGAACGCGGCUCCGACCGCCUACGCCACACCUAAGCACUUUCGAAACCGGUUUUAAAAGAUCUCGUAAAAGUAGUCACGGCAGGAACGUCCCAGCGACACGAACACACACAACCAGCGCUCACGGACUACUGCCGCGCUGGGAAACAACUAGUACGGUACACGGUGUUGCUAUAUCUCAGAAUGGAUUACCCCAACUCUAA